AUGUCCCACCUGACAAUUCUGCGCAGCUAUGCACAGAAGAAGCCGGAGGACAUCCUCCCGUCAGUUCGUCUACUCCACUCCGAACACACAAUCACCAUAUUCGACAAGUAUGAGAAGGCCAUCUUUCACUUUCUCGUCCUUCCGCGCGUCAAGCCACCGUACACCCUGGACCACUUGAGGAAUCUGCGGUCGCUGCUUCUAGGUGACAGAGAGCAAGCGAAACAGCUUCUUGAAAGAAUGGCAGAGGAUGCGAAGGCCGUGCAAGCCAUGAUUGAAGACGAAAUGAUGAAGAAGUAUGGUUUCAAAUGGGACAUAUGGAUGGGAUUCCAUGCCAUUCCAUCCUUACCACACCUCCAUCUCCAUAUAAUAUCGUCGGACCUUUGUUCUAACUACCUAAAGACAAAGAAGCACUAUAACUCUUUCCAUCCUGGUCAUGGGUUCUUCAUCAAACUCCAAGAUGUGCUUGAAUGGUUUGAGCCCGAUACUGACCCGCGUUGGGUUGAGCUAGCCAAGCUUCUCGUCGAGACUGAAUACGGGGACCGCCUGAAGGAGAGCUUCCACUGCUGGCGAUGCGACUUGAUGAUAGGAAGCUUCGCGGAGCUCAAAGGACACCUGCAGGCGGACUGGGAGAAGGAAGGCAAACGUAAAAAGGCGGCGAUAGAGAGGAAGAGGAUAGAGGCGGAGAAGAAAGCCCUCUCCUCCAAAAGGCAGCACGCGGAACUCUCAUCCUCGGAAGAGACAACUUCGAAGAAGCAGCGCGUAGGAGGAGCCGACGCAGGACCCACUCGAUGA